CGUGCAGUCUUUCGACACUUGUUCGCAAUGCACGCCGGUCUGACGAAGCAGAAGGGGAUGAGGGGAACUGGGAAAGGGGGGAGCAGCACGUGACAUGCAGCCAAGACCGUAGCCGCCUGCGUCAGCUGCCUCACACGCGCGCCGGGUGCGCGCUCGUACCUUUGGAAGCGACGGAAGGAGGGUCCCACCCCGAGAACAUCCGCGGUGAGACUUGUCUAGGCUUUGCUAGCCACUCCACAAUCACUUCGGCAUCGCUGUAACCACUGUGGACACUGUGACCGACAAAGACUCAGGUUGCGCCGACAGACUUAAAGAGCUUACGAUAAAAAAAAACUUGUACUGACAGAUUAGAAAAGCCAAACCUAGAAGACAAACGCUCGUUGAAAAGUUCAAAAAGGAUCUUUGUGAUGUGUGUACGGACAUGUCACAUGGAAUCAAGAGUUUAAUCACAGGUUUACAUUGAGUCUACAAAAUAUCGCGAUAUUGUAGCUGUAACAUCUCAGUCGUCUCUCUACUUUUCUUUCUUUAAAUAUGCCUGCGGUUGGGUAACCCGGAUGUUGUGUGUCCAGCAGUAAAUUUUAUUGCUAACGAUAGGGGCGGUGUAAAACAUAAGACUACAAGCGGAUAUAGCAAUACAUACGAUUUCUUUUUGGAGACGUUGGUGUUUGACCUGGACUUUUUUGUAAGUAGCAAACAGAACAAUUGCUGUUGUCGACAGACAUACAUCCUUUCUUCAAAUACGAAAACUUCAGUGACGGUGGCAACAGUGCUUAUCGUGAAGGCGAUGACACACGGACUGGCAGCUCAGGAUCACACUAUGGCAUGUUAUCUGGGAAAAAACAUCUACAGGAGUCUGUUCUCGUGUGUUGUUAGCAGAGUUCUAUCAUGGAUGCCACCUGUAACAUGUGAGUUUGUUUGCAACAGUGUUUUUUCUGGUUUGGAUGAUAGAAGAACCUCUGACGGUGUCGCCGUAUUGACAUCAUCGCUAAAGACAGGAUGUCAGAUGGGGAGCUUGGUGUUGCUUCCUGGAGGCUGACUUCUUGCAUCAACUGCGCAUGUCUGUAGUCCUGCGUGCAUCGCGACGGCCACACACUCGGACAAGAAACAUCCCCACACACAAACUACUCAACCCUGAAGCAACGGAGCAAGUCUGCAUCUUUUGAUCUUUACCGACUAGCGGGCCGCCUCCAUCCUGAGGGGCAGCUCUGAUCGAGAAAGAUGUGAGAUAUGGGUAAGCAGAUGUUUUCCGUCCCACCAGCUAUUCGAGGACAUGAUAAUCGAAUAAAUAAUCCCUCAGGCCCCUCGUCCUUCACGUUUCCUUUUCAUCCCAGUGUGUGAUCGGACGCACUUGGUUGGUCUCGCGCUCUUGAGGAUGGAGGACUCGGUAAGUGCCGUCCUCCGGAUGGCCAUCAACAUCAGCUCUCACGGGGAACUGGGACUCGACCUCAACGCCUCCAUCGACGCCAACACCCUGGAGAACAUCACCACCGUGGACGUGGAGCAGCUCCUGACGUUGAUCCUGGGGGCCCGGCGGAAGGACUUGUACUCUGUGGGGGCCUUGACCUUCACCUACUGCCUCCUGUUCCUCACUGGGGUCACCGGGAAUAUUAGCACGUGCAUCGUCAUCGCGCGCAACUCCUACAUGCACACCGUCACCAACUACUACCUGUUCAGCCUGGCGGUCUCCGAUGUCCUGACCCUCAUAUUUGCGCUGCCCCCGGAGCUGUUCUCCAUCUGGGAGGCGUACCCGUGGCACUUCGGGGAGCUCUUCUGCAUCUUCAAGAUCUUCCUGAUGGAGGUGACAUCCUACGCCACGGUGCUGACCAUCACGGGCUUCACCAUCGAGCGCUACAUCGCCAUCUGCCACCCGAUCCGCAGCCAGCGCAGCAGCAGCCAAUCACGCGCCGUCAAGUGCAUCGUCUCCAUCUGGCUGGUGGCCUGCGCAUGCGCCCUGCCCUACCCAAUCCACACGCGCUUGUUCUAUUUCGUGACGGACCCACGUGACGGGAAGCCGGUGCCGGAUUCCCUGCUGUGCAACAUUCCGUCUCAGUGGCAGCAGCGGAUGGCCUACGUCUUCCAGGUGUCCACCUUCGUCUUCUUCGUCCUGCCUAUGUGCAUCAUCACCGUCAUCUACAUCCUCAUCGGCCUGAAGUUGCGCCGGAAGGAGAUCGCCUCCUCUGUGGGGGCUGCGCAGUCGCAGACAGCCAAGACGGCGGCUGCCCGGGCACGACGCGCUGUGCUGAGGAUGCUGGUUGCUGUCGUCGUGGCCUUCUUUAUGUGCUGGGCUCCGUUCCACGCUCAGCGGUUGAUGACGUUGUACAUUGAGCAGGCCCAGUGGACACCGGAACUCCUGACAGUUCAAAGUCACCUCUUCUACGUUUCAGGUGUCUUGUACUUCCUGAGCUCCACCGUCAACCCCAUCCUGUACAACCUGCUGUCCCGUAAGUUCCGGCGGGCCUUCAAGCGGACCUUUUGCCGCUGCAUCCUCAACAUCGACUCCCUGCCCGCCUUCUACAAGCUGAAAGCCAAGUUCAUCGGCCGCAACAGUCACGUGACUUCGCGGCCCAGCGGGCCAGACGACCGCUGCUACCUGCACGCCGCAGGCAAGAACGCUCACGUGGCCAAGUUCUCCGCCAUGCCCGCUGGCUGCCCGGCCAACCGUGGCGGCGGGCGGGUCACGGGUCACGGCCACAUCCCCUCCACGAAGGAGUCGUUCGUCAAGAUGUCGGCCACGAAGCAGGCUUCUUACUACAGCUUCGUGUCCAGCGGCGAGCAUCCGCAUUCUGACGGUCGUCUGCUGGAACUGUGUCGUCACAAGUACUGUUCGAGUCGCCGGGCCAACAACAACCAGGCAUGUGCGCCGCCUAGCGAUGGCACGCCGUGGGAGCUAGGGGGAGAUCACUGCCGCUUACAGUGUGAUGUCAUAUCCGGAUGUGAUACCCAGGCGGCACUUCACCGAGCUGCGCAGCUACGGGCAUAACCGUUCCAUGGAGGAUAUUUUUAGCUGUGAACGUGUGAGAGAUGUUAGCGCCCUCUGAGGGUUUCCAGCCAGCGGCAGUAUCUGCUUACGAGUACUUGCUUGAGAAGUGCUGUUCAAGCCAUUACGGAAGAUACUUAAGGCACUUAGGGGUCGGUGAGAUGCGGCCUCUCUGAAGCACUUGUUUGAAGAGUUCCUGCACGCAUCUUUGACCUUUGUAGAACGUAUUUUUAGGUAUUUGAAAGCUUCAAAAGCAUCUACAGGUAAAGCAAAAAUGUUCACGACGUCAGAUUAGGUUUCGUGAUCACCUUCUUCGUCAGAUUCUUAUCCUCGAACCUCGUCUAAUAAGAGAAAAAUUCUAGAUAUGCCCUUUAAAUAAACAUCAAUCCCUACCUAGUGCUUAGAUGUGAAGUAAAGAAUGUGUUUGAAUAUCUGACCAUAAAUGAUGGGAAAUAUACCUAAUGGAUUACUUUAAAAUUGUCUUCUUUGAGUUCAUCCGUUCUGGAUCACAUUUGCGAAGG